GUGUGAGUUGGGGCGGCGCCUGCGCAGCGCGGCGCGGCUGUGCCCGUUAGCCGCUAUGUGCCGGGAAUAACGUUGCCGCGGUUGCCGGAGGAACGCGGAACGGAGCGCCCCGCCCAGCGGGGCCGCACGCUCAGCGAACAGCCGGAGCCGCCGCUAUCGGCAGCGGGUCGUCCCCGCGGCGCGGAGAGCCUCCUCGGAGGGGAUGACGUAGCUUUGCCAAGGAUUUAUCAGCUAAGCAGAAAAUGAGCUUAACAGCCUGGUUUUUGGUGAGCAGUGGAGGCACCCGCCAUCGGCUGCCACGAGAAAUGAUUUUUGUUGGAAGAGAUGACUGUGAGCUGAUGUUACAGUCUCGAAGUGUGGACAAGCAACAUGCUAUACUUAACUAUGAAGCUUCUACAGAUGAACACUCGGUGAAGGAUUUAGGUAGCUUGAAUGGGACAUUUGUGAAUGACUCAAGGAUUCCAGAACAGACGUACAUCACCCUGAAGAUAGAAGAUAAACUGAGAUUUGGAUAUGAUACUAAUACUUUUACUGUUGUCAGAGGAGAGUUGAAAGUCCCUGAAGAAGCACUUAAGCAUGAGAAAUUUUCAAGCCAACUCCAGUUAUCCCAGAAAUCUUCCGAGACAGAAGGAUCAAAGCAAACCAGCUCCAAAAGUUCAGAGUCCAAAGAAGCAGACUCUACAUCUGAAGUGCACCACAAGACUACUGAAUCACUGAAAUCUGAAGAGAAAUCCGUAGAUCUUUCUACCAUGCCUCGUGGUACUCCUCUGUAUGGACAGCCAGCCUGGUGGGGUGAGGAUGAAGCUGAUGAAAAAGGUGGUUAUAAACCAGAUAGCAAACGUGAAGAGAAAAUGCAGGAAACAACAGCUUCGGGAUGCAGCACAGAUGGCAAGCAAGCUGAGGAGCAGUCUGCAGUUGCAAGUGAAGAACUUUAUCCUUUCUGUAGGGAGCCGAGUUAUUUUGAAAUUCCUACAAAAGAAUUCCAGCAGACUUCACAGGUAGCAGAGAGCGCUAUUCAUGAAAUUCCAACUAAAGACACCCAAAGCUCCCAUGCAGCAAGCGCGGGACAUGCUUCCUUUACCAUUGAGUUUGAUGACAACACACCAGGGAAAGUAACAAUCAAAGAUCACGUGACAAAAUUCACAUCUGAGCAGCGCCACAAGUCAAAGAAGCCUUCUUCCUCCAGUGGUCAGGACCUGCCUGGGCUUCAGACUGUGAUGAUGGCCGCAGAAAGCAAAGUAGCAGAUUGGCUAGCACAGAACAAUCCUCCUAGAAUGAUAUGGGAGCCAACAGAGGAGGAUUCCAAAAGUAUUAAGAGUGAUGUUCCAGUCUACUUGAAGAGACUGAAAGGGCAUAAGCACGAUGAUGGUACACAGAGUGAUUCAGAAAAUGUUGGUGCCCACCGGCAUUACAGUAAGCGAGCAGCACUUGAAGAGCAUUUGAGGCACCACCAUGCAGAGCUGAAAAAGUCGCACCAGAAAGUCCAUUCCACAGAAAAGCAGCAAGAACAAGCUGGUGUGAAUCAGACUGCUUUUAUGAUUGAGUUUUUUGAUGAGGACCAUCCUCGAAAGAGACGUUCUUACUCUUUUUCUCAGAAUGUAGGAGCUCUGUGCUCAGAAUCUCCAUCUCCAACACCUCAUGUGCGAGCUGAAAGAGCAAAAGCUACAUCAGGUGAGAAAGCUGCACCUUCGUGUGUGCAGGGUAGUUCAUCACAUCAUAGAGCAGCACACAGUGUUCAUGCAAAACUUUUAAAACAAAAAUCUGAAGAUCCCUCUGCUGCUUUACCUGUCUUUCAAGCAGCCUUGUUAAGGAGUUCAGGAAGCCUUGGCCACAGGCCUAGUCAAAACCAGGAGAUGGACAAAAAGUUGAAAAGCCAACAUAUUUCUGCUGCUACUGAGAAGGACAACGAGGACGACCAGAGUGACAAAGGUACUUACACAAUUGAGUUGGAAAAUCCCAAUUCUGAAGAAAUGGAAGCACGUAAAAUGAUUGACAAGGUAUUUGGAGUGGAUGACAGCCAGGAUUAUAAUAGGCCUGUUAUCAACGAGAACGAGAAAGAUUUAGUAAAAGAUUGGGCUAUAGAUUCUACUACAGUAGUACUGGAAGAAAAAAGACCACUGAGUACAACUGGAUUUCUUGACACAGAGGAAGGUUCUGUUGCCCCUGGAAGUAAACGUUGGGUAUCGCAGUGGGCUAGUUUGGCUGCCAAUCACACACGUCACGACCAAGAUGAUAUCAGAUUGGAGUCUCCUGUUCCUGCACCAUUAGAAAAUGACACAGAUAUCAGUGAGUCUGGUAUUUCCAUCAGAAGCGCUGGUUCAGCUACUUCUGUGACUAGCCAAGGUGAGCGAAGGAGAAGGACGCUUCCACAGCCUCCCAAGGAGGAGAAAAUGAGUGAAGGCUCCAGAACAAAAAGUACAUCUUAUCAGAGAUCAGAAAUUGGUGAAAAGCAGGACACUGAGCUUCAAGAGAAAGAAACUCCAGCUCAUACCUCAGAUACUGACAGCAGAAGUAUAGCUAAGUCAAGCAGAACAGUGAAUGGCCUUUCACCCAAAGCAACAGGAGAGAAAGUUUUUUCUUCCUCUAGUUCUUCCAGUAAAGAGAGAGCUGAAACUGGCAGAGAAACUUCUGUGGUGAAACAAGCUUUAGCAAAAAUUCAACAAGAACGAAAGGAGCAGGGACAGUGGACACCCUCAAAAUCUGCUACAAACCUAGUUGAGAAAGAUAAGGAGGAGAUUGCUGUGCCACGCAAAACUUGGGAUAUUCCAGACAAAGCUCCUGGGCAUGAUAAGGCAGCAAUGAAGUUAGCACAGAGUGAGGGAAAAAGAAGAAAUGAAGAAAGUAUUAGAGGACAAAGUCCUAAAGCAUCAGGAGAAAAAAAGGAAUCUUCAAAACCGUUAGUGAGGCAAGGCAGUUUUACUAUAGAUAAGCCUAGCACAAAUAUACCCAUAGAGCUUAUUCCUCACAUUAAUAAGCAAAGUGGAUCUGCUGCCCCUUUAGCAUCUGCAAACAGAAUACGUGACAGGAGUGAUUCAAUGGACACUGAUUCCAGUCUAGAUACAACGCUCAUUUUGAAAGACACUGAAGCUGUAAUGGCUUUCCUUGAAGCUAAAUUGCGUGAAGAAAGUAAAACUGAUGAAGGUCCUGAGACUCCUAGCUAUAACAGAGAUAAUUCCAUAUCACCAGAAUCAGAUGUAGAUACAGCCAGCACAAUCAGUCUCGUUACUGGUGACAGUGAAAGGAAAUCCACGCAGAAACGCAAGAGUUUUACAACCUUAUAUAAAGAUAGAUGUUCCUCUGGUUCCCCUUCGAAGGAUGUUGUAAAAUCUUCUGCAACAAGUGCCAGAGAAAAAAUGGAGAAGAAAACUAAGAGUCGGUCUUCAGAUAGUGGAUCCAAAUCUGAUGCUCGCAAAUCAGUGCAAUCCAGUGGAAGGAUGAGACAACCAUCAGUAGACUUGACAGAUGAUGACCAAACGUCUAGUGUACCUCAUUCUGCCAUUUCCGAUAUCUUAUCAUCUGACCAGGAAACCUACUCUGGCAAAUCACAUGGAAGAGUUCCUUUUGCCUCAGCAGAUGAACUUUUGCAUUCUAAAAUGGAAGGGAAGUCAGCUAAAUCAAAAGGCUCUCCUGUCGUACUUGGACAAUCUAGUAAAUCUACCACUCUUCCAAGACCUCGUCCUACAAGGACUUCUCUUCUGCGCAGAGCACGACUUGGUGAAGCCUCAGAUAGCGAGCUUGCUGAUGCUGAUAAAGCUUCAGUGGCUUCUGAAGUGUCCACUACAAGUUCUACAUCAAAACCUCCGUCAGGGAGGAGGAGUAUUUCCAGAAUAGACUUACUUGCUCAGCCCCGCAGAACUCGACUUGGCUCUUUAUCAGCACGUAGUGAUUCAGAAGCAACAAUAACCAGAAGCACUGCUUCAUGUCGUACUCCAGAAGCUAUUAUCAGAAGUACAAGGUUGACAUCAGCAGAAGCUAGUAAAGUUUCUGCUAGAACUCGAGCCAAUAGCAUUUCUCGACUUUCAGAUUCAAAAUCCAAAUCUUUGGCUUCAGCUCAUAAUUCUCCCUCAGAGAAACCCAAGCUUCUCCCAGACCCAGAUCCUGAUGUUGAAACUUACAGUGUAAGUGCAAGAUGGAGGCGCUUUCCUACAGAUUAUGCUUCCACCUCAGAAGAUGAAUUCGGAUCAAACCGUAAUUCCCCUAAACAUACCCGUCUACGUACCUCUCCAGCCCUGAAAACCACACGACUGCAGAGCACGGGGACAGCAACUCAAAGUAGCAAUGCUUUCAAGCACAGAAUAAAAGAACAGGAAGAUUACAUACGUGAUUGGACUGCUCACCGAGAAGAAAUAGCAAGGAUCAGUCAAGAUCUGGCUCUCAUCGCACGGGAAAUCAACGAUGUAGCAGGAGAAAUAGAUUCAGUGACUUCAUCAGGCACUGCCCCCAGUACCACAGUAAGCACUGCUGCCACCACCCCUGGCUCUGCCAUAGACACUAGAGAAGAGUUGGUUGACCGAGUAUUUGAUGAAAGUCUCAAUUUUAGAAAAAUCCCUCCACUAGUGCAUGCCAAACCACCAGAGGGGAACGGUCAGCCUCACGAAGCCAGACCUCAGCUACCAGAUGUUAUGGAUCCCCCAAAAAUUACCCGAAGAAGGACUUGGAGCAGAGAUGAAGUUAUGGGGGAUAGUUUGCUGUUGUCCUCAGUCUUCCAGUUUUCUCGCAAGAUAAGACAAUCCAUUGACAAAACAGCUGGUAAAAUCAAAAUAUUAUUUAAGGACAAAGACAGAAAUUGGGAUGAAAUUGAGAACAAGUUACGAGCAGAAAGUGAAGUUCCUAUUGUGAAAACAUCAAGUAUGGAAAUAUCAUCAAUCUUACAGGAACUGAAACGAGUUGAGAAGCAGCUCCAAGCUAUUAAUGCUAUGAUUGACCCCGAUGGCACCUUGGAUGCUCUGAGCAACUUGGGAUUUGCCAGCCCCAUCGUGCCAGCUCAGCCGAAGCAGAAGUCCAGUCCUGUUUCCCAGAGCGCCCGUCCCCAUGUGCAGCCAAACUGCCAGCCCGAGGUGAGGGCUGCCCGCCCCACUGCCGGCCCUACUGCAGCUGAACUGGGGACCACUGAAUCUGAGUCAGACUUCAGCAUCCAUUUCAAUAGGUUUAAUCCAGAUGGCGAAGAGGAAGAUGCCACUCUGCAUGAAUGACAUCUCACUGUUGGUACUGAUACCCUUCGUGUGGAAUGUCUAGAAAUGGAAAGAUCACAAUAUUGGUUUUAUGAAUAAAAAGGCAACAAACAAAAGGCUUGGUCAAACAGCAGUUGUUUUAUUAAACCAGUUUUCUUUAACUGUAAUUCUUUGCUUGUCACACAAAUCCCUUUCAAAUCAUAAAGACGUGCAUAGAGUGUAGGAAAGCAGAUUGUGGCAGAUUUGCCCUUUGUGGUUGUGCGCUUUGCAAAGAAAUUAUAUCGGCCAUUUUCCCUUAACAGAUUUACUUUUUUUUUAAAGCCAUGUGAGCAGUCUAACAUUUAAUGUUACCAAAACCCCAAAUCUCUUUGCCAAGCUACUCUAUGUAAUGGCCCUCCUCCUCUAAAGUUUGUACAGAACUGUUGAACAGUUACGCUCAAUUUUGGUUUAGAUGAUUUAUAUAGGAAACGUUAUCUUUGGCUACAGUGACACAUUACUGCAAAAGGUAAGACGGAUUUCAGAAAGCAUUCAUUCUCGUGUGCUGGGAAUCUCCAACAGUUCUGUGUUUUGUAUAACCUUGUUGCUGCGUACAUUGUCUUGGGGUUUACGAACUUCACGUGUUAUGUUUGCACUAAGAUUUGCUGGGAGUGGUAGGUGAACAUAUCGAUACCAUUUAACCGCAGCGGUGUUUUGGUGUACAUAGAAAACUGGUAAUACCAUACUUGUAUUAACAGUGCAGUGUUUUAAUCCACUUUCCGAAAGGAUUAUUUGGCACUUUUUGAUCUUCAGAUGUCUUUUUGAUGUUCAUAAAAGUAGAAGUAUCUCGUAUCUCAUCUCUGCCCAAAGUUAGUUGGAAUUAGAGAACAAAUCUAAACAUACAGAGACAUGGGAUAUUUUAAAGCAUAUUCAGGCAAGUGGGCUCUCACCAAUUUGAAUGCAACGUAAGCUUCUUUAAAAAAGACAAAAAAAAAAAAAAAGACUAUUUCUUGAAAUGAUGAUGAGAUGUAAAAUUUUGUUUAGGAAUUCGGGCAUAGAAUUGUCAUAUUUACCUUCGUCAAUAGAUGCACUCCCAAGCAAAUGAUUUUAAUUUGCUUCUGUAUAUUUUCCUGUAGUCUUGCUAGUAAAACUGUCUCUGUCUUACAUAUUUAAAAGGAUUCUGGAAGAAGACUGCUAACAGACAUUUUGCUUACACCACUGAAAAGCAAGUCUAUUUAAAGUUUCCUAUAUAAGCUUAUUUUCCUUAUAAGUUGUCCCGGUAACUUAACAUUUGGAAAUAAUAAUAAAAGCAAAAGUAAAUUACUUUGUAUUUCCAGAACACUGUAAUUUGGAGGAAUGUUAUUUCUGUUAAAUGUAACUAAUAGACUGGAAUUUUCCUAUGUUUGCAUCGGUCUCUAUAUAUUAAGGUUGAAGAUACAGUUUUGCAGCUUUUAUGAAAUGGUCUUUAAUAUUUCAGCAAUAAUCCUAUAUGAUGUUUGUUUAAAAGAGAAACCUACUUUCUGUACGCUUUUACAUUGUACAGGCUUUCAGGAGUCAGGAAAAGUUGGACCAGUUAAUAAAAACGCAAAAACUUUUUUUGUAGAGAUGUAAAAACAAAACCACUAAUCUGUUGUAUAAUGGAUUUCAUAUUUUCUUUAAAAAAAGAAUUAAAAGCAGACAGCCUUCAUGUAUGACUCAACGAUGCUCUACUCCAGCUAACUGUGGAAGCCUGAACUACACUAGUUUACAGAGGCUACAAGAGAAGUUUUAGAAGGUGCAGAAGGGCAAAAACAAAUAGAAACUAGAGCUAGGUAUCGAAACAGAGUGUAUC